AUGGUGAAGUUUCUGAAGCCAAACAAGGUGGUGGUCCUCCUCCAAUGCUGCUAUGCCGGCUGCAAAGCGGUGAUCAUCCGAUUGUUUGAUGAUGGCACCCGUGACAAUCCGUACGGGCACUAUUUGGUUGCGAGGAUAGCCAAGUACUCGGAGAAGGUGAUCCGCAAGGACUCCACCAAGAAGACCGCGAAGAAGUCCCACAUGAAGGCCUUCAUCAAGCUGGUGAACUACAACCACAUUAUACCCAUGCGGUACACCCUCGACGUUGAUCUCAAGUACAUCAUCACGCUCAAAACCUUUCAAUCCUGCGACAAGAAGGUUGCCGCCACCAAAGAAACCAAGGCCAAGCUCGAGGAGAGAUUCAAGACCGGCAAGAAUAGGUGGUUCUUCAUCAAGCUCAGCUGGAGUGAAGAAGGCUUCAGGACCCCACCGGUGGACGAAGAUCUCAUGUCCAAGAAUUGUUUGGGCACGGCGGUAGAGGAACCAUUGCUGGGCAUUGUGUUUUCUUUGUCGUGGGAAACGACAUUCUGUUUCAUCUUGGGGAUGAAAAUCUGCUUGUUGCUAAAUGCGGCGAUGGCAUUCUGGCGCAAAAGAACAUCCUAA